AAAAAAGAAAAAGGAAUCACAGAAUCACACGCGACGCCCUCGCACGGAAAAGCUGCGCCGGGGUUAUGAGACCGUCACCGCGCAGGAGAGGCUGAGCGACGGAGAGGCUCACCAUGACCAAGUCGUACAGCGAGAGCGGGCUGAUGGGCGACCCCCAGCCCCAGGGGCCCCCGAGCUGGACGGACGAGUGCCUCAGCUCCCAGGACGAGGAGCACGAGGCGGACAAGAAGGAGGAAGACCUGGAGGGUCUGCACGUCGAGGCCGAGGAGGACUCGCUGAGGAACGGCGAGGAGGAGGACGAGGAGGACGACUUGGACGAAGAGGAGGAAGAAGAAGAGGAGGAGGACGACGACGAGCAGAAGCCCAAGAGGCGGGGCCCCAAGAAGAAGAAGAUGACCAAGGCGCGCAUGGAGCGGUUCAAGCUGCGGCGCAUGAAGGCCAACGCCCGGGAGCGAAACCGCAUGCACGGGCUGAACGCGGCCCUGGACAACCUGCGGAAGGUGGUGCCCUGCUACUCCAAGACUCAGAAGCUCUCCAAGAUCGAGACCCUGCGCCUGGCCAAGAACUACAUCUGGGCGCUCUCCGAGAUCCUGCGCUCGGGCAAGAGCCCCGACCUGGUCUCCUUCGUGCAGACCCUGUGCAAGGGCCUGUCGCAGCCCACCACCAACCUGGUGGCCGGCUGCCUGCAGCUCAACCCGCGGACUUUCCUGCCCGAGCAGAGCCAGGAGGUGCCGCCCCACGCGGCGGCGGCGGCAGCGGCGGCGGCGGGAGCGCCCUUCCCGCCCCACCCCUACCCCUACCAGUCGCCGGGCCUCCCCAGCCCUCCCUACGGCACCAUGGACAGCUCCCACCUCUUCCACCUCAAGCCGCCGCACGCCUACGGCGCCGCGCUCGAGCCCUUCUUCGAGAGCGGCUUGGCCGAGGGCGCCAGCCCCGCCUUCGACGGGCCGCUCAGCCCGCCCCUCAGCGUCAACGGCAACUUCUCCUUCAAGCACGAGCCGGCCGCCGACUUCGACAAGAGCUACGCCUUCACCAUGCACUACCCCGCCGCCGCGCUGGCCGCCGCGCCCGCCCACGCCGCCAUCUUCCCCGCCGCCGCCUCCCGCUGCGACAUCCCCGUCGACGGGCUGGCGCCCUACGAGGGCCACGCGCACCACGAGCGGGUCCUGGGCGCCCAGCUCAACGCCAUCUUCCACGACUGACGGCGGGGAGGCCGCCGCCGCCUUGUUUACAGCGGCUCCCGCCCCGCUCCUGUCGAUCGCCCGAUCGGGAUAACAAAAACCGCGAGCAAUAAUUAGGAUCUAUGCAAUUUUUAAACUAGCGAUGGGCCAAUUACAAAAAUAUAUAUGAAAUCUAUAUUUUUCAACCAACGUUUUACUACUUGUUACCUUUCCCAUGCUGAAUUAUUUUGUUGUGAUUUUGUACAGAAUUUUUAAUGACUUUUUAUAACGUGGAUUUCCUAUUUUAAACCAUGCAGCUUCAUCAAUUUUUAUACGUAUUGGAAAGGUAGAAUUAUAUCUAAUUUAUACGAAAUAAUUUAACUAAUUUAAACCAGCAGAAAAGUGCUUAGAGAAGUUAUGUUGCCUUAGCAUUUCUUUCCUUUCAAAUAGUUGAAGAAGAAGAAGAAGAAAAAAAAAAUGCACAAUCCGGGCAGUUUAUUUCCCAUGAAAGUAUCUUUUCUUUUUUUUUUUUUUUCAUUAUUUUAUUUUAUUUGUAUUUUUCCUUUCCCCUCUACGACAAAGAACCAGAUCCCCCAAGUCUUGAGAAGAUAUAAGAACGAGAGACUUAUUUUCUAUUAAAACAUAUCAAUUCAACACAUUACUUGCACAAACUUGUAUAUAAAGAUUAUAAGCAAAUGCCAACACCCUUUUUAAAUCGAAAGCUGCUUGACUAUCACAUACAAUUUGCACUGUUUCUUUCUAGUCUUUGGACCCCUUGGCAUUCCGUGGUUUUGGUUUUUUCUUUUUUUGAAGAGAACUUGAAGAUGUUAAUGUUUCCAGGCGAUAUAAAUGCAUGAUUUUAUACAUGUUCACAAAAUCCGUGGUUGUCAUAUGCUCAUCUUAUAAAUCGGAACCUAAAAACUAAUCAGGUUGUUAAAGUCGGGCUAUAUACCUAUUGUAGUCGAUUAGUACGGUAGCUUGAAACAAAUUCAAACCAUUUAAUCCGUAAUUAGAACAAUAGCUAUUGCAUGUACAAUGCAGUCCAGAAUAAGUGCUGUUUGAAAUGUAACGCUGGUUCAACUGGAAUCAAUCUGUACUGUAAUUUUGUUUGUAAUCCUGUAUAUUAUGGUGUAAUGCACACUGGGAUUUUAGAAAAACAUCCGUCCUUUGGCAACAACAUAGUAUUGAACAUUUGGUCGAAUGUUGCAUUUCUCCUUAAAUGUGAUUAUUAUUUUUUUUUUCUUAGUGUAAGUAAUUCCUAUGGGAUUAUUGUUUUAUUCGGAUAGCUCAUGAAAGGUGCAACACUUAUUAUUUGUAGAAUAAAAUUGGACUAAAACAAAAAAAAACCAACCCAAAAGGA